AUGCCUCUGGAGAAAAUGUCGUAACGGGACACCAUAUUCAACUGUUAGACAAACUUUAACAACAACGGCCUUCCAUAGAUCUGACAGCUUGUGAUCAAGACGCUUUCAAUAAAAUAUGUAUUUGUAAGCGUCUGACCAACAAAGAAGAAAAGAUAUGGUGCACACUAGACAUAACUAGAUCAAGAUGGAGACAUCUGAUACAUUAUUAAAAAGUAUAAUAGCUGCAGAGACACAAUAUUGUUCCCACAAGAUAGAACGUAACUUGGUUUUCUUGCAGAGACAAAUUGAUGUGCUUAUUAGCAAAACAAGUCGUGGAUGUUCCUUGAAGUUCUUUAACCCUUCAAAGGUUCUAGCAGCAGAAUGUAUAGCCUGUCUUGUAAACCUGGUGUCAGAUCAAGCUACAAAACCUUCACUUCUACUCAAGUGUAUUCUCCUCUUUAACAACCUUGUUACAGACAAUCAUAUUCGAGAAUGUUUGCAUGAAAAAUUUCAACUGACCCCGGCCUUGGUUGGUGUUGUUGUCAACCAUGGUGUAUCCACUAGUGACACCCUUACUGCUGAGGCAAUGCAGUUACUUCAGAAAGUAACAUAUGGUCACAGAAUCAGUUUCCAGGAAUUUUAUAUGGAAGAUCUAGUCAGAUUUCUGUUAAGGAAUAUUGUAUCCCCAGCAACAGGUCUGACUCAACCAGCAAUGGGAAUUAUGGUGAAUCUUACAAGAGACAAUUUCUCUGUGCAGUCAUACAUUAGAAAUAAUGAAAACACCAAGGAACUUGCAAGGACUCUAAUCAAGUUGCUAGGAGACCAAGCUCAGAAUACAUUACUGUUUUCCCUUACACUGUUGCUGAAUGUUUGUCCAUUAGAGAAAAUGGCAUCAAAGUUUUACAAUGAAACAAACGUACCGCAGACAUUUCAAAUGAUAUUUAAUGUGUUAAUUGAUGGUACAGGAGACACAAGGAGAUAUGCUGUUGAUCUCUUUAGAGAUAUUCUAAAGAGCCCACAACAUCAAAAGAGUUUAGCAAAUUAUGAGUACCUAGGAACCUGUGUGGAGCAGACAUUAAACUUGUUAUGUACAAGUUCUCAUGAAUCUGUUUUAAAAGUUUUUGAGUUUCUACAGAUUCUGUGUCGGGUAGAAGGUGUACGUAGAGUAGUGUGUAAAGCAAUGUUCGCAACAUUCCACAUACAGGACCUGUCACAGUUUGCUAGUCUUGUACAAACACCUUUAAGCAGGAUACCUGACCCCCUUCUUGCCACAAUACACUGGGCGGGGCAGUCUACAGAUACCCAGGGGCUGGCCCCGCUGGGUGCUUUUGACCUUUUAAUAGAGGUGUAUGAAGAACAGGUAUUUUCUCACAGUAAGAUGCACUAUGAGAAACACGUGGCGGCCAUUUUGCCAACUGCCCAUCACACACUGCAGACAACAUUAGAGGGAGAUAAUCUGACUAUAGAGAGAAGAUGUUCCGCAUUAGUGAGAUGUGUGAAACUGCUUUUAACAUUUUGUCAUGAUGACACACUUCUGACCCUGAUAUCUAAACAGACAGAUGCUAACUUGUUGUCCAAGUUACUGCUCUUCCAGUUUGACAACAAUACUAAAGCUUUGUCCCCCGAUAUAACCCCACCCUCAGAUGACUGGAGUGAUGUGGGGGUAGAACUGGUGCUCUAUCUUCUAGAUUUAAUUGCCAAACUCAAGAUUGGAGCAUUAGAAGAUUUGUUUAUAAACACAAUGCAGGAAACAAAGGUUGUGCCAUUCCUAGCCUGUGGAUUAUGUAGUACAAAACGUGAGAGAGUACAAGAUACAUUAAAUCUGAUACAGAUGUGUAGUAAACUAGAGGGCUUUCCUGUCAUGAUACUUGGUGAUGUGUUAGCCCAUCAGAAUGCAGCUAGAAUGAAGCAGCAGGAGGCAGGAUUGAUGUAUGACACACCUUAUAGAUAUCCCAAUAAAAGGAUACAUCUAGAAGACAAGGAAAAUAGACCAGCCAUGUACAUGAAGGAAAAUAUAUCCCUGAAAAAUACAAGUGCCUUAAACAACACACAGUCCGAUAUCAGCUCAGAGUCUAUCCACUCUCUGAUAGAGAAACUUGACUCAGGACUUGGUUUGAAGGAUUGUAAGGAGUCAGAGAUUGUGGCAGUUUAUGAGAAAUCUUUACAAGCAAUGCAGACAAAAGAGCAGCAUCUUCAAGAUUUACUAGAAGCCAAGACUUUAUCACUAACACAAGCAGAUAGAAUGUUAGCACAGUAUAGAGCUAGGAAAGGACAGGAUGAAGCUGAGUGCAAUCGUUUCCGAAGUCUGCUUAUCCAAUCGGAGAAGAAAUGUAAAAGUUUAGACAGUGAUGCCUCAGAUAUGAGAGGCAAGCUGGAAAGAUGCUCCAAGGAAAUAGAAGAUCUACACACUGAAAAUCAAAAAUUGCAACAAGUGGCACAGAUGCAUCAACAACUGACAGUAGCUCAUACAGAACUAACAGAAAAGUAUGAGAGUGGACAAAAAUCUCUACUCACAUUGAGACAGGAACAUAAGUCAUUGACAGAGAUGCAUGAGAUGUUACAGAAACAUAAUACUAACCUCAAACAACAGUUUGAUAACACUAUGGAGCAGUUAACAACUCUGCAAGAUGAGAGAAGAAAAGUCAUGACCCAGCUGAAAUCUGCAGAGACCAAACUUGAAGAUACUAAGAAAGCAUCAUUGAAGUGGGAGUAUGAUUAUAAGAAGUCAGAGGAGGAGAGAGAAGUGAUGGAAACAUCUAUAGAAUCACUACGUAGCUCGAUGGCCAUAUCAGAUGGCAAGAAAAAACAGUUACAAGAUCAGGUAUCACAGCUAGAGUUUGCCUGUAAUCAACAUGAACAAACAAUCGCUAACUAUGAGACAGAAAUCAAAGAACUACAAGCAGAAAUAGCCAAGCACAGACAAAUCACAGCCCUUAUAAACAGUUUAAGUAGUGGUAAUGCAUCAGACACUAGCGGGAAUCCAGCUGCUUCCUAACUCUUUUAGUGCGGACAGUGAAAAUACAUGUCAGUGCACGAGUGAUAGAAUUCAGGAUUAUUUCUGAAUAUAGAAUUUUUAAACAAGACUCCCAUAAGCCUUUUUUUCUACAUAAAAGUUGUAAUAAUAUGACUUAAUAUAGAGUUUUCACGACUUCUUAAAUAUCUUGUGUUUACCAUACCUAUGUAAUUGCUACUUUACUCUACAUAAAAAAAAAUAUAUACGAGGGUUGUCCCAAAAGUCCGUGACAAAUUUUAUAGCCGGUUCAUUUUUAACGCUAAUAGAAAAUAAUUCACACAUAUAACCGUUAAGUUUAUUAUUUAACAUUACAACAAAUCAUUUACAAAAAAAUUUACCCUAGUUACUUAGAAAUUUUGAGUAUUAACGACAUUGGUAUGAGUUGCCGGCGCACGUCAAAUAAUUUACAUUUUGUUAUGAAUAGGCUGAAAUUAAUUACGUAUAUUUCAAAUAUCUGAUGAUGUGUCUGCACAAUGUCACGUUGACUUCCUCUGCUGCUAUGUUUAAAUCAUCUCUGAAAAUUUUAGUUAUAUAACUUAAAAAACGAAAAAGAUACGAAUAAAUGAAAAUAUCUCAUAUAAAAUAGGAAAGUUAAAAUGGCGACGUUCGAAGAAUUCGAACGAUUUUCAACAAAUAUACCAAAUAUAACAGUUUAGCAACAUAUUCUGAGCAUUUGUGUACAAAAGGCAUGAACGGAACCAGAGUUUUGCGCUACAAAAAGCGAAAAUAAGGAAAACACGGAUAGGAAGACCGAUCUUCGUCGCCUAUUUCCUACAGCUAAAAACAGGAGUAACAAGACCCGAAGUUCGCAUAUAGCAAAAAUUAAUGUAUGCCAUCCAAACAUUCAACAGACAUAACAACCACAUGAUUUAAGUCAGAAAUUGACGAUUUAUGGGAACCAUUAUUACGUUGAAAGCCAUUUAGAGUAUUUGAGAAAGGCGCCUUAUAUAGAUUUAACGCCGUCUUUGACGUUGGACGUGUGCCGCGAUUCAGUUAGUUGCAUGGUGUUUAUGGCAUAUUUUUGUUGUUUGUUGAUAUUUAUCUAUGAAAAUUUGUGAAAAUGUUUAAAUUAUAUGGGUUUAUAACAUAUUAAAAUAUCAAAUUCGUACCUGUUUUAUUUAGCUUUAAUCAAUCUUGUCACAGAAUAUUGGGACAACACUCGUAUGGACAGCCUGCUGAAUUUUAUGUUUUGAAGUUGAAUUAUUGAACUUGGCAAUACACAAUUCUGUUAUCAGAUCCAGUCAAGUCCUGUUAAAAUAUAAAGUGGUAAGGGUAGAAGACUAUUAAAAUGUAUGUGUUACUUGUACUAAUGAAAUUAUCAAUGCAUUUAAAGUAUAUGUGUGUGUGUGUGGUUAUAUUUUAUAUAUAUGUCUGUGGUCAUUUGUUAACCUCAUUGUGUAUUUUAAUGUUACAAUUUAGUGUUUUCACAUAAAGAAAUGCUUUGCCAAAUAUUUUUUUCCUCUCUUCUUUACAGAUGGAACUUACUUGAUUGUAUGCUCUAUUGUCACAAACAAUUAUUAACAUUUAUAUUUUUUUUUUUUUGGGGGGGGGGGGGGUAGGGGAUUUUUAAAGAUGAUAAGACUUUCUAAAUUUCAUAAAAUCAAAGUUACAUGUCACUUACUUUGGGAUACCGUCAUUUUUGUCUUAAUCGGGGAAACUUUGUAUUACUGAACAUAAUUGCUUGUAUGAACUGGAAUAAGGACAAUCAAAUUUCUUUAGCAGGUGAGUUUUGUUAAGUCAACAUUUUUAUUCUGUCAGUUUGUAAACUAAAACAAACAUUUCGGUGACACCCAUUCUUGCUUAUUUGUUGAUUGUAGCAUGUGUGUAAAACUUUUAAACUUGCCGGAAAAUAAUGAAGUAUUUAAGGUAGUUAAUUUUACUAUUCAUAUCAGUUUGAAUAUCUACAAGUCUAUUUACUCUUUCUUUCCUUCCAACCUUGCAUCUUUCUCUCUACAUUUUAAAUUGUACCUUUGUUUUAUGUUGUCAGAUAUUAACACAAUAACAAAUGAAUUUUCUUUGAAGCCAUCCAUGUUAUAUAAAUGUAUGUACAGGGAACAUGUUUGUGAUAUUUUGAUGUAAUACCUUUAACUGUGUGGAAUGUAGGAUUUAUAUCAUAAUAUUAUGUUGGAUGGGUAUGGACUGAAAGUGACACAAUAGAAGUAUUUACUGUUUAUGUGAAGUUGAUAUUGUAUAUGACUGCCACCAAGAUUAAGUUUAAUCUAAAUAUGAGUUUAUAUGACUACCAUCAAUAUGAAUUUUAUACUGUAUAUGACUACCACCUACUGUUUAUUACUACCGCCAACAUGAUAUAAAUACUGUUUAUAACUAGUAGUAGUACCAAUUGCUGAAGAUACACAUUUGUUAUGAUUUAUGAUUUAUGAAUUGUGUUUACAUUUAAAUGUUAACUUAUUUUGACAACUGAUCUAAAUAAUCAAACAACAAUUUGAAACCAA